GCCGACUUAAUUCAUCACAAUUAUAGAAACGAUCAAUACAAUACAAAAACGUAAUAUAGCGUCUUCUGGAGCGGUGCAAAACUAAUAUUUAUCUAAUAACACGAGAAAAACACAACAUAAAAAGAAUUUGAGCAAAAGACAUCUGGAUCGCCAGAGGAUGAUUAUUAAAUGUAUUAAUGUUUUUCAGAUCGUUACAGACUACUUUUGCUCGUCAAACUUGGCUGAAACAAGUUUUGCUCUGACCAACCAAUCUGAGGACAGAAAAAGGAUGAUGUCAUCGAGUGCCAGUUGGCUUGGUUUGCCCUCUAAGGACAACUUGGAAAUCUGACUGGUUAAAAAUACAGUCCCAUUUCUCAUGUAGUUUAAGUUACAUUGGCCAGCACAACUGUUUUAGUGAUUAGAUUGACACGGCAACACUUAGGCUGGUUUAUGUGAUGGCACAUCACGAUCAUAUCAGUUUUUAAUUGGGCCAAAAGCUAAGGUAGGGAGGAGUAAUUGGUCUGUUAUCAGAACCAGAAUCAGAAUCAGCUUUAUUUGCCAAGUAUGUCCAAAAAACACACAAGGAAUUUGUCUCCGGUAGUUGGAGCCGCUCUAGUAUGACAACAGACAGUCAAUUGAAACAAACAAUUGUUAUGUUUGUUUUAUUAGCAGACCGCCCCCCAUGUGUACGUCUACUUCUUUAAAUGAUCAAACAUAACCCCCAAGCUGCAGCUCGUGAAUCCCCCAGAGAAUUAGUUUGAGAUACACUGGAUUGGAGAACAGUGCAAAAGGCCUUACUUUGUUAAUUUGAAAAAUAAUAAUGUGUAUAUAGUGCUAAAAAACAAAACUUCUCCUUUAAAUCCUCUUCUUCUCUGAGAGUAGAAAAAUCCACAGAGGAGCUUUUGUCUGGCUGCUGACGGCUCAGACUGGGAGAGUCAGAUUGUUUUGAUACGAUGUCAGAACAAACAGAGAAUUCCUCUCGGCCUACGCCUCCCUCGGCUCUCUAACGUGGUACAACUGGUUUCCCAUGACAAAAGGUUUGACAGUGGUUAGGACUCCCCACCGCAGUUGUUAGGGUUCCUGAGUCGACAUGCCGUGGCAUCUGGAGUUGGCAGGCCUGGGUCUGGCCCUCUCUGGGUGGCUCUGCACCAUCUUGACUCGCUGCAUGGCCUUGUGGACGGUAAGCGGCACCCUGGACAACUCCACAGCUGUUCUACCGGCCUACUGGGACGGGGUGUGGCUGGAAUGGGAUCACUGGGACCUGGCCCACGACGGGCGGGUGCACUGUUCCUUCUAUCAGUCGCUCAUGUCCCUCUCCGGGAGUUUCCGAACGUGGAGGGCCUUCAUCAUGGCAGCGGUGGGCACCGGGGCUUUCGCCACGUUGGUGGGCGCAUCCGGAGCCGUGUGGUUCCCCAGGCGGGGGCAGGUUAAAGUGUUCUCAGGGGCUGCCUAUGUUUUAUCCGGGAUCCUGAUUCUGGUUCCCACCGCCUGGUCCUGCCAUCACACCAGCCAGCCGCUCGAGGGAGCUGUGCACCUGAGGAGGAACUGGGGACCGGCACUCUAUUUGGGAUGGGUGGCCUUUGCACUGAUGAUGACCGGUGGUAGCAUUCUCACCACCCUGUGUCCCACCACCUCAGAGGGACCGAGACGGGCCGCAGAGGUUUCGAGGUCCCCUCAUCCAGAGGCGGCGGCGACGCACCCGCUCAGCAGGAUCAACAGGGCCACCCUCACACACAGCCAGUACCAACGUGGAUCCAUGCCCAUCUGAGAUCUCUGGGAAUGUGGAGACCUCAUCCAUCCAUUUUCUACAGAAUUUGAUGGCAUUCGUCACGGGUGAGGAAGGCCUCAGCUGACUAGCCAGGAACGACUGGACAAUGAGGCAGACGUCCUCCCCACUAGGUCACCCGGCUGCCCAAAAACACAACACAUAAAACUUGAAUCCCUCUGUCCAUUUCCUAUACUGCUUGCCAUUAGGGUACUGGGUGGGCUGGAGCCUUUUCCCGCUGACUUUGAGUGAGAAGCUGCGUGUACACUGGACUGUUUGCCAGCCAAUCACAGAGCACAUAUACAAACAACCAUUUACACUCACAUUGACGCCUAUGAACAAUUCAGUCUUCGAUGAGUCUGAACAUGCAUGUGUUUGGAAUGUGGGAUGAAGGAAGGGAGAGUACCCGGAGAAAACCCACGCAAGUGCCGAGAAGGCAUUCAAACCCUGAAGCGCAGAAGAACUUUGAGGCAGACGUGCAAACCACUAGAGUUCCGUAGUGUGUGGAAUAUUAAAAUCAGUAAUUUGUGACAUCAUUAAUUGUAUAGACACUGAACACUGAAAUUGUAAAAAAAAAAAAAAAAAAAAAAGAGCAACCAGAUAGCAUUUAUAAAUGUGAUGUAAUACCAUGUUGACAAAAUGCAUUAAGUCAAUAAAGUGCUAUUGCAGAUUUAUUGACCUGUAUUUGGGUGUACGUUUUUUCUCAAGCUUACAUUCAUUGUUGCUGCCAUCAUCAUUUACAUUCACGCCUUAAUGUGAACAAGUUAGUAAUGAUCCAAAACACACCAACAAACUGAAAGUUAUUUAAUUCAAUAUACUGUAUGCACUGUAAUUAGUUGUGAUGUAAUAAAUUGUGAGCAUUGUGACUACAUUUUUGCUUGUUCUUGAUUCAAAAGGAGUGACACUAAAUAUGUAUUUGCGACAGCGAAGACUCCAUAAAACAGUAGAAUUAGUUAAUCAUUAAAUUGGCCAUAGUGAAAACUGAGUUACUUCUUACACAUCACCUCUUUU